AUGGUGAAGCCAAAAAGAACUAUUGAUUGUUUUUUUCAAAAAAAUGAUGUGCCUUCCGUGGCUUCCGCCUCUAAUGUCGAUGUUUCGAUUCAUGAUAACCAGCAUCCUUCAAAAUCUCUAAGAGUUGAACAUACAAAAGUUGAUCCUACCUUUUUAGAACGUGAUCCAGGAUUACGUCGUCAAAUAUGGGAUUAUCCUGUUGACGAACGUGAUGAAGUUCGACGAGCUUAUAUCAAAGCGAAACCAUAUCAAAUUGUGCUUUCAGUAUAUCCGCUUUCUGGAUCGGAAAAGCAUCGUCGUCGAUUUCAAUCAUCUUGGUUUAAAUUAUUUCCUACCUGGUUAGAGUAUUCUCCUUCAAAGGAUGCUGCAUAUUGCUUACCUUGCUUUCUUUUUGGAGCGAAACCAACGGGGCGUCCUGGAACCAAUGCAUUUACUAGUGAAGGAUUUCGAAGUUGGAAGAAAGUUAAUGAUGGCAAUAGAGGGCAUGAUGAAUCCCUUCAAUCAAGUAAUCAAGGCAAUUUCAUUGAAAUGGUAAAGGCUUUUGCGUCAUAUAAUGAUGAUGUCGCUAGAAUUGUUCUUGAAAAUGCUCCAAAAAAUGCCAAGUAUACCUCACCACAAAUUCAAAAGGAGAUUUUGCAUAUUGUUUCUAGAAAAGUGAGAAGUAAGAUUCGUGAAGAUAUCAGCGAUGCCAAGUUUUGUAUUCUUGUUGAUGAAGCUCGUGAUGAAUCUAAAAGAGAGCAAAUGGCUCUCGUUUUAAGAUACGUCGAUAAGGAUGGUUUUUUACAAGAACGUUUUUUUGAUCUUGUGCAUGUCAAAGAUACAACUUCAUUGAAUUUAAAAAAGGAUCUUUGUGCGGUUCUUUCUCACUAUAAUCUUGAUAUUCACAAUCUCCGAGGUCAAGGUUAUGAUGGUGCUAGCAAUAUGCGUGGUGAAUGGAAUGGUUUGCAAGCAUUAUUUUUUAAUGAUUGUCCUUAUGCAUAUUAUGUGCAUUGCCUAGCUCACCGACUACAACUAGCAUUAGUUGCCGCAUCUAGAGAAGUAAUCGUUGUCCAUCAAUUCUUUUCAAACUUGAACUUCAUUAUCAAUAACAUCGGAGCUUCUUGCAAACGAACUGAUGAAUUACAUUCUGCUCAAGUUAUGGAAAUUGCCCAUUUGAUUGAUCUUGAUGAACUUGAAACCGGUCGAGGAGCUAAUCAGAUUGGUAACUUACAACGACCUGGAGAUACUCGUUGGAGCUCCCAUUUUGAUUCUGUUUGUAGUUUGAUAAGGUUAUUUGGUCCAACAUGUUCAGUUCUUAACAACCUUGUUGAAGAUGGAUGUAAUUACAAGAUCCGGGGAGAUGCUGAUACUGCCUUUAAUACUCUUAGAUCAUUUCAGUUUGUGUUUAUUUUGCAUUUGAUAAAAGAUAUCAUGGGAAUAACUAAUAUCCUUUGUCAAGCUUUGCAACAAAAAGAUCAAGACAUCGUAAAUGCUAUGCAAUUGGUUUUGAGUACAAAACAAAUCAUUCUGAAAUUGAGAGAAAAUGGUUGGAACAAGUUACUUGAUAUUGUUAAAUCAUUUUGUGAGUGCCACAACAUUGAUGUGCCUGAUUUAAGUGAGUUGAAUAACAGAUUUAGUGAAAAGGCAAUGAAACUUGUUACUCUCAGCUCAGCUUUGGAUCCUAGAGAUGGUUACAAGUUCUUUAACGUUGAAGACAUUUGCACGCUUGUAGAUGAAUUUUAUCCUCAAGAUUUCACGGACCAAGAGAGAAUUAUGUUGACAUUCCAAUUGCAACAUUAUGAGGUUGAAAUGCCUGUUCAUUCAUAUUUGAAAAAUAUGUCAACGAUUUCUGAACUAUGUAGAGAAUUAGUGGAAACAAAGAAGUCAAAAAUCUACUUUUUGAUUGAUAGGUUGAUUCGUCUUGUCUUGACUCUUCCCGUUUCCACGGCAACUAUAGAAAGGGCAUUUUCAACUAUGAAACUUUUCAAAACACAACUGCGCAACAGGAUGGAGGAUGAGUUUCUUGCAGAUUACUUGAGUGUCAGUAUUGAAAAAGAAAUUGCUCAGACUUUUAGUACAGAUUCAAUUAUAGAUGAUUUUUCUUCUCUAAAAGAUCGUCGAGCUCAGCUUUUGUAG